AUGGGAAAUCAGAAGCAAAAGUGGACACCCGAAGAAGAAGAAGCUUUGCAUCAAGGCGUUCAAAAACACGGUACCGGAAAGUGGAAGAACAUUCUCAGAGACAAAGAGUUCGCUGAGAAACUCUGUAGCCGUUCCAACAUUGAUCUCAAGGAUAAAUGGCGGAAUUUGAGUGUUUUUCCUGGUCAAAACUCUAAAGAUAAGUCUAGGACUCCCAAGGCGAAAUCGUUAGUUAUUGCUUCUGUUCCUGCUACUCCGGCUCCUGCUCCGGUUAAUGCUGCUCCGCCAAAUGUUGCUCCUGCGCCUCUAAUUCAGACUCCUACGCGCCACCCUUCUCAAAUUGAAGAUGCUCCUCCACAGUACAAUUCAAUGAUUUUUGAAGCUUUAUCAACAAUCAAAGAUGCCAAUGGGUCUGACUUAAGUGCUAUUGUUAGCUUCGUUGAGCAAAAGUACAACCUUCCUCAAAAUCAAAAUUUCAGAAGGACAUUGGGUUCAAAGCUAAGAAGACUUGUUACUCAAGGGAGGCUUGAAAAGGUUCAAAAUUGUUACAAGAUUAAGGAUACCCCAGUGGAGACAAAGCCGGAUGUUGACUCAAAACCACCUGCACCAAAAGAAAUGAAUUCGCCAGCACCAGUGGCAUCUAAUACUUCGGCAUUUGAUAAUGCAAUGAGGGAAGCUUCCGAAAUUGUAGCCUACAGAAUUUCUGAUGCAGAGAAUAAGUCAUUUUUGGCUGCUGAGGCAGUCAAGGAGACAGAAAGAUAUGCAAAGUUUGUCGAGGAGAAUGAUGCAAUGUUAAAGUUUGCUGAAGAGCUUUUAGAAAAAUGUAAGCUUGGUGAAACUUUUCGCUUCACUUAA